GUGUCAGGGCAAGAGCCCAUGGAGGAUGCAGGAGCUGAAGAUGAUGCUGAGGUAGAAGGUGAAGACUCCAAGGAGGAGGCGAAGGAGGGGGAAGAUGCAAAGGAAGGGGAAGACGGGAAAAAGAAGAAGAAGGAGAAGAAGGAGAAGAAGGCCAAAGUCGUCAAAGACGAAAAGAUGGGCCAGGUGAAGAAUGAGGACUUGGAUUGGAUUUGGAUUGGUGGUGCAGAUGACGCCAAAGACCGCGAGGCGCUGGAAAAGGCGAAGAUUCGGUAUAUCUUGAAUUGCACGCCACCCCGCUCCAACGGGGGCGUCGCCAACGCCUUUGAGAAGGACCCCCACUUCGACUACUGCCGGGUCUCCAUGGGCGACAAUGCCACGGAGACCUUACAAACCCGCUUCGAGGCGACAGAGCCGUCCGGUUGGGGACAGAACCGGAGCCCCGAUUUGGAAGAAGACAGAAUUCGUGUGAAUUAG